AUGGAUUCGGCCAUGGUUAGGGAGCUCUUGACAUUCAAGGAUGUGGCCAUAGAAUUCUCUCCAGAGGAGUGGGAAUGCCUGUACCCCACUCAGAGGAUAUUGUACCGGAAUGUGAUGUUAGAGAACCACAGAAGCCUGGUUUUUCUAGGCCUUGCUGUUUCUAAGCCAGACCUGAUCACGUGUCUGGAGCAAAGGAAAAAUCCCUGGGAUAUGAGGAGACUCAGCAUGUUAGCCAAAACUCCAGCUGUGACUUCUCAUUACACUGAGGGCCUUUUGCCAGAGAAGAGGAUAGAAGAAUCACUUACAAAGAAACAAAUCACGGAGAACCUGAAAAUAGGAAAAACGCUGGCUAGGAGAACUUUGGCAUAUAGAGACCAUGACGGAGACAAAAGCCCCAUGGAAAAUAUGCUGGCUAAGAGAAAGGCUCUAGCAUAUAGCGGCCAUGCUGGAGGCAAGGCCCCAUGGAUCCUGUUUGACGGACUCUUGUUUCUUUAAGAAAGCAUGCUCAAAAUCAUAAAAAGAUUUUUUAUCUGUUAAUCAAAACUUCAAAUAAAACCUUGAGUUAAUUGAACAUGGUUAAAAUAUAUAAAAGAUUUAAUAGUGAGAAUAAUACUUAAAAAUAUUUAAGUCUUUCUUUGAGAAGCUAGGUUUCUUUUUUCCAGAAGUUAUUUUGAGAAGCUAACUCUAGACUGUUGGUUAGUGUACUGAAAGCUUUUUAAUUACAGCUUUGUUUUUAGCUAGGUGUAUUGAUAUAGAAGAACAGGCUACAUACCGAAACUCCCUCAUUACACACAGUUUCUGCCUCAAGCCAGACUGGUUGGCAAGUAAUUAUGGCCAUGGGAUCUUUUACACAAUAGACAUGCGCAAGCUUGUAAGAAAAUAGGUUUUAAAAAUAGUUUGACAAGUUUAAGAUGUUUUAACAUUAGAAGAGAAUAAAUGUGUAGUUUGUAGUGAUAAAGAUUUAUAAUAAAAUAGUUAAAGUUUAAGGAUAUGAUCAUAAGUUUAUAAAAUUGUUUUAGUAUAUUUUUAGGAUAAGAAGGUAGCAUUAAUAUAAUUAAUAGACAAGUAUAUAAUUGGUUUGUGUUGAGAAUAGUUAGAAUGAUGAGUUAUAGUUAUAGUUGGGUGAUUUUGGAUUAGGAUUUAAGAAAUAGUAUGAGAAUAUGAUUUAUGAGAUCAUGGAAAGGUUAAUAGAAAAUGUAAGGUCAUACAUUAAUAAUAAGAAUAAUAGCCUUGAAGUUUAAGGUUAUAUAUUGAAUGAUUUGGGGGAACAGUUUGUGAAACUAAUGUAAGAAUUAAGCAUUUGUUACCUUAAUGUACAAUUCUUUGAAGUACGUUAUGCAUCAUGAGAUUUGUAAGCCCCCGGCAGAUGAUUUUUCUCUGCCGGAGGUUAUAGAAAAUGGUAUAUAAGCUGGAGAGAAUUUGAAUAAAAGUUGGAAUGGUCUUGGCCAGACCUG